UAUCUAUCUCUCUCUCUCUCUCUCUCUCUUUUUCUCUCUCUCUCUCACACACACACACAACUACGAAACGAACGAUGAACUGUGAAACUCGUAAAGUAAUCAAUUACCGGUAACACAACGAGGGAAAAUAAAAUAAAAACGGUGUACUCAUUGAUUGAUCAAUCGAUAUUCGAAAAAGUAAAAGUGUUAGAGAGAGAGAAAAGAGAGAGAGAGAGAGAGAAAGAGAGAGAAAGCUAAGUAGAAAGAGAAAGAGAGAAUAUCCGCGAAAUUGCAACGAAGGUACUAACUUAUGUACUAGCGUGAAAGAAAAAAAUAGGAACUAUCAUCAUCAUCAUUGUCGUCGUCGUCGUAGUUGUGCCGGCGCGUCCAUCUAUCGAUCUAAAGUGUCGAGAGUGGUAUGUCGUCGUCGUAAUCGUCAUCGUCGAUCGUAGUUGUGUCUGUAAGUUGACCAAUUGCCCUCCGAGCGAAGAGCAUAUACUAUCAUGAAGGGUGGUGCUAAACGGUUAUAACUCGUCGUCUAAAGGGGCAAGGAGACCACGGUGGAGGGUGUGUAGUGGGGGAGAAAGGAGAAAGAUAGAUAGAGAGGCCUAGAAAGAGAGAGUAAUAGAGAGAGAGAGAGAGAGAGAGAGACGUGCAGUAGUCUGCUGCUUGCCGCUGCUGUUGCUUGCUGUUGCUGCUGCUGGUGUGCACGCGAAUCGAUAAAAAGAGAAGCCGAGGUGGGAGCUAUUGGUUGUCAUCGUUUCAAGCACGUUUUUAUUACCACGCCGGAAGUUAACCUCUCUAACAGUGACAGAGCGAGCGUCUAUCCUCGGCAGUCGCCAUUUUUUUUCUCUUGCAUCGCUUAAGAGAGAGAGAGAGAGAGAGAGAGAGAGAGAAAGAGAAAGAGAGAGUGAGAGAGUGACAGAGACGAAAAGUAUAAUUAAUAAAAAAUAACUGCGUAAUACACGAAAGAGAGAGAGAGAGAAAACAAAGGAAGUACGAAGAGAUAUAUAUAUAUACAUAUAUACAUAUAUACAUACGUAUAUUUCCAUAUAUACAGACGAUACGACACGGUUCUUUUAUAAACAUGGCCGAUCCCUAAGAGAGAGAGUGAGAGAGAGAGAGAGAGACAGAGACAGAGAAAGAAAAAAUCGGCGGCAUAUGCGUUUGAGUGAGUGAGUGAGUGAGUGAGUGUUUGUUUGUGUCGGCGCCCACUCACUUAAUACUUAGAAGUGCUGUGCGAUUAAUCUUUCCUCGUCCGAGGAAGAUACGAUUGAUAGAAAAGGAUAAAACGACAUAUUGAAAGGAGUGGGAGGAGAGGGAAGAGAGAAUGGACGGCCUGCCAAGGGGGUUGUUGGUGCCAGUGAAGGCCGUCGACGUGAACACCUAUAAUUCAUCAUUUUAUUCGCCACCACCGACCGAAGCAUCGCGAUCCGGCUACGAUUCUAGCAGUGGUGAAGAUUCCGAAAACGAGUAUGGUACUGGUAUCGCUCGGGCUAACAGCAGUCAAUCACAAAAUAAUCCUGGCAACUCGAACGUCAACUCUCAGGGUCAAGGGAAACAUAUCAAUAAGGGUCGUUGGACGAAGGAAGAGGAUGCUUUGUUGAAGCAGCUGGUCAGUAACGCUGAACAGAAUGGAUUACGAUGGGACAAUAUAGCUGCUCAUUUUCCCGAACGGAGCGACGUUCAAUGUCAACAAAGAUGGGCGAAAGUAGUAAAUCCGGAAUUAAUCAAGGGCCCUUGGACCAAGGAGGAGGACGAAAAAGUUGUCGAGCUAGUUGAAAGAUAUGGCCCUAAAAAGUGGACCCUUAUCGCGCGACAUCUGAAAGGCCGUAUUGGCAAACAGUGUCGUGAAAGAUGGCAUAAUCAUUUGAAUCCGGGAAUUAAGAAAACCGCGUGGACCGAGGCGGAGGAUAAGAUAAUAGUUGAGGCACAUCGUAGAGUCGGUAAUCAGUGGGCAAAAAUCGCUAAACUUUUGCCCGGGAGAACUGAUAAUGCGAUUAAGAAUCACUGGAAUAGUACAAUGAGGAGAAAGUAUGAAGCUGAGGAAGGAAGAUGCACCGUUGGUACUCGAGGAAGAGGUAGGAGGAAAGCGUCGGAAACUAUAACGACCCGAAAGGAUCUUAUCUCAAUGGACGAAGAAAUGUGUAUUGGAAAUGGAAGAACGAAGAGUGCGUCUAGCAGUAACGACAAUGGUUUAAUUUUAUCUACGAAUAAUACUAACUCCACACAAUCGGUAAAGAUGGAAUCUUUAGAUUGGGUUGGUGUGUGGGAGCAACAGAACAAUGGACAUUCGUAUAUUCAUUCCGUGCAAGAACGUGGUGAACGGAGUAAUACGAAAGAAAGGGAGAUCGAAUCCUCCUCUUCUUCUACUAAUAGACGAACGGAUCCUUCUUCGAGAGUAAAAACGGAAGAUAUUUCGCCGUUUACAAAAUAUUUCGGUAUGGAACUGCAAAAUGAAACUGUGGAUUCAAGGAACGCUGAGAUAAGAUUACUUCCAAUGCCCGACUUGGAAGAGACCUCGACUCAUCUAACUGAAAGAGAGAAAAGCAGUCCUCCGCCGAUAUUGCGUAGACGACGAAAUAUUCAAACGAUACCACAGAGAACGGAAACUCCCGAUAGUGGGAAUCAAUCGGAUUAUUUGAUAAUAACCGGUCAACAGACGCAUAAUGGGAAUACCACGCCAUCUACUCCUAUAAAACAACUUCCAUUCAGUCCGUCACAAUUCUUAAAUAGUCUAAGUCCUGAAACAUCCACUUGGCCUCGAGCAAGUACUCCAAAAACUGGUAGCCCUGGUCCUCUCACGACGCCACAGCCGACGGGUUUGCGACGAAGUCAAAAUGAUGGUAAUACACCAAGAACGCCAACGCCCUUUAAAAAUGCUCUAGCUGAGCUCGAGCGACGAAGUGGCGUGACUACACAGUUACCUGCUACACCUAGCCAUUUAGAUGCCUUAACUGAGAUAAUUAAACAAGAAACUGAUCGUGAGAGUCUCGCGAGUACGAGCAACAUCCUUCAGGAUUCUGGAUAUUGCACUACAAGGCGGCGGGGUAAAGAGAACAGUGCUCCUGGUGGAAAAAGGGCACGGAAAGCUCUCUGUCAAGCAUGGGCAAAUGUACCCCAUGACAACACCGACAUGAGUUUUGUCGUUGAAACGCCAAGCAAAAGUUUGGAUACUUCAGUACUGUUCUCGCCAGCGUCCAUGGCAUUAGAAGAUAGUUUCUUAACAGCAGGUCCAAGUCCCGUGAAGACUUCCCACGACUUGUUGUCCGUUCAACGGAAGCCCAAUGCCAAGAGGGCAAUCACGUUCGACGCGCUCGACAGCCCCUGUUGUAUCCUCAGCCCUCUACCUCUGAGGCCGGUUAAACGUGCCAAGUUACAUUUGGAAACGCAGUGGGCCACGGUGGCUUGCGGGCGUACGCGUGAUCAAUUAGAAAUGACACGCGCGGCCCGUCGAUUUCUUAGCAAUCACGGCUUUCUACCUUUACGCCCUCGGUCUCUAAAUUUUUAGAUCUUCCAAGGAAGAUCUAAAAAUCUUUUUUUCUUCUCUUUCUGAUCUUCCUUUACUGAGGUGGGAAUAAUGAAUCUUCGAAGAAUUGGAAACUGGGGGACGGCGAGCACAGGGAGCUUAAUUGUAACUUGCGGUACAAAAAGAAAUAUUAAGAAAAAAAAAAAAAUAAAAAUAAAUAAAAACAAAAAAAAUAAAAUAAAUAAAAACAAACAAAAAAAUAUAAUAAUAAUAAUAAUAAAUAAAUAAACAAGCAACCGAACAAAAGGAUAAAGAAAAAAAUCAUUACGUUAAAACUAGUCGGAGUUAAUCUAAUUAGGCACUUCCGUUUAAGGAAUUCUGCCGUAAUUGUCGAGUGUGUCGAUUAACGAAAGAAAAUAAUUAAGGUGGGAAAGUCGUAUCAAGAGGAAAGAGAGAAAGGUUCACGCUUUACCAACGCUUUUAUUUUUUAUUGCAUUUAAAAAAAAAAAAAUUAUAUAUGUAAGAUAGUAGAACGAAAAGAGAAAAUGAGACAGGAUGAUCCUUUGCUUCCGCAAAAAAUGAAGAAAAAACGAAAAGUUGUUACAGCGUGAUAAUGUUGUUUUGGUUACAAAAAAAAAAGAAAAAAAAAAGAACAAAAAGAAAUAAAAAAUACAAAA